ACCACAAUAACAGUUAUGAGAUGAAUGGAUGGAUAAUUGCCGAUAAUAAUUUUAAUUACAUACCAUUCUUCUGUUUUGUUGCUACGUUGUAAAACCUACAUGGUGUUAUAUAAAAAAGUAAACUAUAAAGCUGGCUGUUUGUGUGACAUUUUCAAAAUUCAUAGUCUGCCAGCAGUAGACAUCAGCACAGACUGUGCCUGUUGUUUGGCGAGAAAGAUGAUAAACGCUGUGAAGCCUUAGCUAUCCAUUCUCAAAGCAGCUGACAGGUGAACAUCCCCAAGAGUGGUGCGGAUCUACUGAGACCUUCACAGGGACUAUGAAUAUGUCCAGUAGCCUGGAGCAGAAUGCGCAUCUGCUAGAUGAAGUGAAAGCAGGUGUCCACUGGGGGAACUUCAUCACCACCACUGUCUUCAGCUAUAUGCUGGUGACCAUAGUGCACAGGACGCCUAGGCUGUGGAACAAGCUACAUUACGUCCUGCUGUGCCAGCAUUGCACCUGCAUAUCUGGCUUCAACGCGACAGGAGCACUGCUGCACACGAUGCUGUCACUGCACACGACCAUGCCCCGUAUCGUGUGCUGGCUGCUGUUUGGCUUGCAGGUGGCGCAAGCCUGUGGCCUGAUGCUAACACUCACCCUGAUGGCUCUGAACAUCUGCCUGUGUGUGUGCUGGCCACUGCGUUACCGAGAGAUUGUCCACAUCGUGAAGGACAAGGCCAUAAUGGGUGCUUGGCUGCUGGCCCUGCUCAACCCAGUGGUGUUCACGGGCAUGGUCUGUGCUGAGGCCCGGAACCUCACUGAGCUAGACCCCGCCUGCCGCACACCCAUGGAGGGCUGGGCCUCACUGCUGAGUGCUGCAGUGCUGCUUGGACUGCUCACUUUCCUCAUCAUGCUCAGUUACAUUCUCAUUUAUAAGGAGGGUCGCCGGGCGGGACACUUCUCUAGCGAGCUCCAUGGCCUGCAGAUCAGUCUACACAUCCUGCCCGGCAUGCUUAUCAUUUCCAGACUCAGGCUGGGUCUGUUCGGCGUACUGGUUGUAUUUGUGGUCUUUUCCUUGGCUCAGUCAGUCAGUCCCGUUGUCUACGGUCUGCGAUGCCAGGAGAUCAGGGCCCAGCUUCCGCACUUCUUCCCAUGCUGGACUCAGAGAUGCAGCAACAUGGACAUGAGCAUGGAUUACAAUGGGGACAACAGCAUGGGAAUCAACAUGGGGAACAACAUGGGCAACAACAUGGUUAUCAACAUGGGGAAAAGCAUGGGGAACAAUAUGCAAAUUUGAUGCAAAGGCAUCUCAAAUAACAAACCUUUGGAGCUACUGCAGAAAGUAUUCUACUAAAUUGUCUUGUUUUGAGUAUUUUGUUUUAUUCAAUUUGAUGGUCCACAACUAGGCUUUACUCAGUGAACUCUAAAAUGUCAGUUUUAUAUAUACAGCUCUUUUUACUAUUAGUUAAUUGUUUGUUGUCAUGCGUCUACAUUGUUCUUACUCUUCUCACCCCAAGUACCUUUACUGCCAUAUUGUACUCUAAUGCUGCCCCACUGCAUUAUCCUUGUGCUUGGUAAUGCUCACUUUAUUACUGUACACUCCUUCAUGUAUUACUAUAUUACUGAAUCGUCCUUACAUUAUUACUCUUGUGAUGGUUCCAUUAUUACUGCACUGUCCUUGUGAAGUUCCUUUAUUAUUUUACUGUGCUAAUAUUAGUACUCUUGUAAUGCUUCCUUUAGUACUGCCCUGUCCUCAUAUUAUUACUCUUGUGAUGUCCUUUUAUUUAUUCCUUAUUACUGUAUAGUGCUUAUAGUAUAAAUACUCUUGCUAUGGUUCCUUUAUUAUUGUAGUGCCUCUCUAGUGCUACUCUAAUGCUGUUCUUACUUGAUGCAUGUGUUUUUCCCGCAGUCCUUCCAUGUUUUGCAUCGAGCUUUUCAUUUAAGGUCUAUGGUAGUCUUCAUGUUUUGACUCAGUUCUCAUAUUUAUGGGAAAAAAAGAAUAAUAUUGGGCAAUAAAUGGU